ACUUUCAAGCCCCUCCUUAUCUAACGUCACUCGAUUCGGAUUUUUUCCUCAGUGGUGGUUGUCAGCAACAUCAUAGCAGUCCAGGUUGUGGUGUUAUUGUUGCGAACUCUACAUCUGUAGUAGGCUUUUGCCGAAUGACAGACACCUAUCAUAGACUAUUUUAUUUCAAUGGUUAGAGGCGCGAUUCAGCAGACCAGCGUUUCGUAGCAGCAGUCUCUUUCCGAAACAGUUAACUUGGACACUUGAUGCCCUCACAGUGCACAAUAGGGGAUCAACUGAACUUUGAGGAGCUUUCACCUGGACCCGAUCUGAAGGAAACAUCAAGCAUUGGGGAAUAUCAAACCGGGAUACUGGCGAUCGAGGUUGAGGAUUAAGAAAAAUUAAUCCGUUUUCUGGAAGUUGUUCCUGAAACAUCGAUCGGGAGAUCCCCAUCCCUCUCGACAGAGACCCUCCGUCCGUGACUCCCCGAAAUCGUGAGGGGGAUCUACGCUACCCUGCAGAAGGCUGCUGGAUGCAUCAGAAGGGAUUGGUGGUAGAUAGAGGAAAUGCAUUGUCUUUUUUUAUAUUUGUAGGCCUGAAGUGAUAUUUUAAAAACGAGUAUUACACCUCAACGUAUUGUUGCUUCACCAGAAAAAACUGACCCCUCACUGUUGCCUGCAUCUGUUUUUAAUGAGAAGUGUUUAAUAAGCAGCGUGAAUACCUGGUGAUAGGUUACGCAGUGCAGUUCAUUUUGCGCUCUUUAAAACGGACUUGGAACCACGAAUGACUUGUUAUUCUCCGUUACUUUUAAUGAAAAAACGGUGCAUAUAUUUCAUUUAACGCUGAGCUUGAAUUAGUGCUGAAGUUGCAUGCCUAACCGUACAGAUCCAACGACAUAAGAAGUCAACCCUCUCACUGAACUACGGAUAGCCUUGUGGAAACGAAUUGGCGCUAUGGCGAUGUGGGAAAGUUUUUGGAUAAUAGGCCUAGUCCUGGCCACGAGUGCUCAAGAGGUUAUGGGUCAGAGUGUACAGAUGGACUCCAUUAAGUCAGGCUUUGUGGGCUCUACGGUGGAGCUGCGUUGCCAGUUCAUGAACAGCAGACCCCCUGUGAAGAUCUCCCAGGUCACCUGGCAGAAGUUCCUGAACGGCACCAAGCAGAACGUGGCCAUAGCCAACCCUGCAUUGGGUGUGUCUGUGCUUCCGCCUUUCAAAGACCGUGUCAGCUUCAAGAACCCAGCCGUCCGCCAACGCACACCCUCUCUGGAAGACACCACCAUUGUGUUCAACAACCUGCGGCUGUCUGACGAGGCGGCGUACAUCUGCGAGUACACCACUUUUCCUGCUGGCAACAGGGAAAACAUGGUCAAUCUGACUGUCUUUGCACGACCUUUGACCCGCAUGACCCUCACCACACCAACAAUCAUCGCACGGUCACAGAAGCGAAAGAUGACCGUGGCCACCUGUGUGUCGGCCAAUGGGAAACCGCCAAGCGUCAUCAAGUGGGAGACCAAGCUGAAGGGCGAGUUCAACCUGCAGGAGACGCGCAAUCCCAAUGGCACCGUCACUGUGCGCAGUAGCUACAUUGUGACGCCCAGCCGCGAGACCCACCGGCAGAAACUCACCUGCAUCGUCACCUACCGCAACGAGAGAAUCACUGACAGCGUCAUUCUCAAUGUGCAAUAUGAGCCUUUUGUCCAGAUUGAAGGUUUCGAUGGAAACUGGUAUUUGAAUCGUCAGGAUGUCCAGCUCACCUGCAAUGCUGACGCCAACCCAGCCGUGACCAUCUACCAGUGGAAACUCUUGAACGGAUCAUUGCCCAACAAUGUUGAGAUCAAAAACAACACCCUGUUCUUCAAGGGCCCAGUGACGUAUGACCUGGCUGGCACUUAUGUCUGCGACGCCACAAACAGCAUUGGUACCCGCUCGGGACGGGUAGAAGUCAAUGUGACAGACUACCCUAACAACCCACCAUCCCGUGAGAUGCCACAGGAGCAGCCUAAUAAAGGUGUUUACAUCGGGGUCGCUGUGGGCGGAGUGGCGUUGCUGGCCGCGGUCAGCACGCUGCUCUUUGUGUUCCUGCGCCGGCGCCAGCGCACCUUUAAGGGUGACUACAGCACCAAGAAACAUGUCUUUGGGAACGGCUACAGCAAAGCCAGCGGCCUGCCCGCACACCCCCCAAUUCCAAAGAACCUGCAGUACCCCGACGACUCGGAUGACGAGAAGAAGCCGGCUCAGAUAGGGGGCUCAGGGGGCUAUGAGGGCGAUCGGGAUUUUGAAGGUGAAUCGGAGGAUUUAAAGAGGCCCUACUUCACUGUGGACGAGGGCGAGAGCCGCGAUUUCGAUGACCGGACUCUCGCUUACCAGUAUGACCCUGAACCUGAGAUAGCUGAUGAUAUGGUCUCUCAAACCGACGGCUCGGUCAUUUCAAAGAAAGAGUGGUAUGUCUAGUGGCGUGCAGACAAAAAAAGGGCAAGAAGGCAGAUAACCUCCUGCUCCUCCCUGCAUCUGACCACACCCCAUUCACCUCCUUCACUUUCAUCCCUUUCUCCAGCUCUCCUCCUCCAACCCUUCCUCACCCCUCUCUUUUCACACCUGCGUAUCAGUCUCACUUCCCACCACCCAAACCUUUUCAGUUCAACAAUAGAAACAGCGCUUGUAACAUCUUCUAUCGCCAUUAUAUAUCAUAUGUACCACACAGAGGAGAAAGUAGAGGUUGGAGUCUAUGGUGUCUUAAUCUGUUCAGUGUCAUUCUGAUGACAUUAUAAAAGCAUUAAGUGGGUAAAAACAAGUUUUUGUAAAGAUAUGGGAGAAAUGCCUAAUCCUAUUGUGAAAGUCCAACACUGGAUGUAUGUUUUUUUAUUAUCUUCAUUACUCUUGCUUUUAACUGAAUGUUUUUUAUAUGAAUUGGUUUUAUAUAAGGUGUGUUUAAACUGUGGUGGCAGAACAUGACACAUUAUCACAGCUGGAGUAAUGUCUGUGACAUUUGGUCUCUGGCUGACAGAAAGAAAAAUGAUUGUGUCAAAUGUGUGAAUGUCAUGAGCUGAUUCUCCCAUCCUGUCACUGAUGUCAAUACACAAAAAACAUUUCUUUCCAGGCAGAUUUUGUAUUAUUGUGACUGAGAAUGUGAAGUGUAUCCUAUGGGUGAGUUCUUCCAACGUGCCCUUCUGACUGCGUAAAACUUCAAGCUCAAUGGAAAUCCCAAAUCAUUCCUGAAUGCCUUCAAAAUACAGAUCUUUCUUACUGUUCAUUUUGUUGAACUAAUAAGAAGCCAACGGGAGUCUAUAUUUUUAGCACCAUGGAUAUGGCAGUUAGGAGAUAUUGACUGCUCACUGCAUGCCAGGCUACAUCUUGCUUCACACCAGGAGCCGGAUCUGUGCACACCAGGUAUACCAGACAUGGGGCAAGGGUCACUGUCCGACAGGUAUACCAGACAUGGGGCAAGGGUCACUGUCCCAUUGUGUGUCAUCAUGCCAUUCAGCUGCUAUGUGGUGUGUGUGUGCGGGUCAGUUAAACAUAAUCUCAGCAGUGCUUUAAGAUUCAAAAAAGAGAAAAACUCUCAAGAGCCCCAUGGCUUAUUUAGUCUUAUUAUGAAAUAUACAACGUUUUAAUGUGUGUUGGUUUUUCUUUUAGUAUGAUUGAUUAUUAAUGUUAAAUUACUACAAUUGUGUGGGAAGAGGGAGCAAUUCUUACCUUGUAAAUGUCAGUGGUUGUCUCUAUGUUCAUGGUCUUCAAUGGUGGUAUGUUAUAAAUUGAAAAUAUGGACACUUAAAAUCACAGUGAAAGCUGACAGACAAUGGAGUGAAUGGACAAUAAGUCCAGGAAAGUGAACCAUAUGUGGAGAAAAUACAAAUUUUUGGGGAAACUGUGUAGUUACUUUGUUUUGCACAUGGCAUCUGUUCUUUGCAGAAGCACAAAAUCUCAAAAUGCCUCUCCUACAGCUUCAGACCAAGCCAAAGCCACGGGCAGGCACACAAGUGAUGUUUCACAAUUGACGACACACAAACUUGUGGUUUACAGCAAAGAAGCCUUUGUUUGUUACAUCCAGAUGCUUUUUGCUGGACUGGAUGAUCUGCAUUUAAAACAAGAUUCAGAAAUAAGUGGGGAAUUCUGAAAGAGAAUUUAAAGAUAGACAGUACCUGGUAGUGCCAGUGCUGCUAUUAAGCCUUAUUUUAUUUGUAUUACAUCAUUUUUAAUCAUUUUUUUGCAUGUAAUUUUGAGCAGGAGUGUUAAUAUGUAGUCGAUGCUAUGCUUUUCUGCCUUAGCGAUGUCACAUGCUGUGGUACAUUAUGUUGAUCUUUGUCUUAACUCCUCACCAGUUAUAGAACAAUAGGGGUUUGAUGUUUCUUAAAUAUUAAGAAAUGCAAUACAAAGGGAUUUUGGCCAUCAACAAACACAUUUCUUCACAGCUACAAUAAUGGCAUUAACUGAAUUCACCACUCUCAUGGAUGGUUUAGUGGUCAUCUACACAAACACAUCCGCUCUGCAGGUCAGUAUAGAGAGGUCAUGGAUUGCCUCAAGCAAUGAGGAUGAUUAAUACGCUUUCUUUAUAAGAUGUUCACACAAGUGUCAUCUUUUAAGUUUAAUGCAUUGAGUAAAGACGUUCCAUCAGCCUAACAUCUCCCGUAUUUUGGGAGUGUUGAAUUGUUGUCGUUUUUCAUUUCAAAUGUAUAGGACAUUUUCUUUAGAUUGUCUUGCUUGUGUGCUUCUCAUUCAUUGUAAUCAUUUUUAAGAAUAAGACUAUCACAUUCCUAAGGUAACCUGGGUUUUUAUUAUUAUUUUUUCAAAUGGGAUUGCCAGAGAAAUAACAGUGUUCUGGUUUAUCUACUAUGUAUCCUGUGUAAUACAUUUGUUCUCUCAUUUCAUGUUAAUUUAAGGUACACAUACAUACUUAAACAAUCCAAGUGAUAUUAUUACCUUUGAUUUCCAUUGAGUUUAUCCAGGAUUUAUUAUGAGCCUUGCUAUGUAUUAUGGAUAAAGCACAUAUUGAAAAAUCAUACCAAAUCAUCAGUAAAUGUUGUGAUGUUUCAUAUCUCUCAUUAUGGUACUCAGUUACAGUGCAAAUGGAAACAUUCAACCUUCUUGGCUACAAAAUAACCACAUGUUUGGCCUAUCAUUUUAUAAUGUAAACACAAGCCAUGCAACCAUCAGGGAGGCAUUAACAGGCGUGCCAUGAAAAGGACAUCUAACUAUGGCCCAAUAAACCCUGUUGUAUUGUUUUUAUCAUGUGUGUGUCGCAUAUUAUGAAAUGCAGAAACUAUAGGGUACCGAAAUGCAACCAUGUACAUAUGAAUAUUUGUGUUUAGAAGUUUGUCAUGUUUUACAUUUCCGUUUCCACUGUGUGGGUCAACCCCAUGUCAUUUUGAUGUAAAUAAUGUAUUUGACAAAUAAAUAAUGCACAUGAGAUUA